AUGGCGAUUACAGAACAAGAAGGAGAAAAUUAUACAUUGAAAGGAAAUAAAGGAUUGUUUCAAAGGGAAGUAAAGGAUAUACAGAGCCUUAAUUUUUGGCGGGCUUUCUUUGCAGAAUUUAUUGGAACAUUUAUUGCAUGUUUCUACACGAUCUCUUACGGACGUCACAAUCCGGCCGUUGAGCAGCCAACGGAUCUAUUUGUGUUGGCCGUGGGAACAGCCUUCAUCAUCGCAGCGCUCAUAAACACGCUAGCUAACGUGAGCGGUGGCCAUAUUAACCCUGCCUUGUCCAUUGGUUUUCUUGCCGCCGGCCAAAUCACUGUAUUGCGGUUUAUUUUCUACGUGUUAUCUCAAUGUAGUGCAAGCGUUGCAGCAGUUUUGGUUUUAAAGACGCUUACGCCGCUAGAAAAGCAUGGAGACAUUGGCUUAAUUCUUCCAGGAAAUGACGUCACAUCCGUUCAAGCGUUGAUUGUCGAGUUUCUGAUUACUUUCACAUUGCUCUUUGGAACGUUUGCCUUUAUUGACGAAAACAGAACGGAUGGUACUUCACCGGCGCCAUUGUUCGUCGGUUUUAUAGUAGCAGCCAAUAUCCUAUGCGCGGGGCGUAUUUCGGGCGGCUGCAUGAAUCCGGCAAGGAACUUUGGUCCAGCAAUCGUAACUGGGAAGAUGGGUCAACAGUGGAUCUACUGGACUGGAGAUCUACUGGGUGCAGUAGCGGGAACACUUACGUAUACUCAGGUGUUCUCAGCGAAAGCCAUCAAGGGAAACUCGUUUGCAUUGUGUCGAAGACCUACUGUUCGCGAACGAGCAGAGACAAACACUGAGUUGGAGAAAAUGAUCUGACGAGAUUGAAUGUAAAGUUGUGAUCCACUUCAAACUCAAAUCCUUUUCACGAAGCAUCUGUUUAUGGAAUGCGAGUCUCAAUAUCUGUCUGUUAUCAAUGAACGUUGAAACACUUAUUUUUGAUAUUAUUAUUAUUAUUAUUA